CGGUGCAGAGCAGCAGUAGAUGCGAGAGCAGUCUUCUCGAUUGGUAUAGACGACUCAGUUAAUGAUUUACGGCGCUUGAUAACGCAGCGGCUAUUGAGUGAAUUUGGACGGACAAAAAAAUUAAGCAAGAAAAUUCAAAACGUAACCCCAUCAACAACAAUGUGGUCGGUGUGGCUGAUUAUGCUGGUGUUGGCUGUCAGCGGCUGGGCACCUCAGGUCUUGUCUUCCAGCCAAGGCAAAGAUGAUGUGCAGGAACGACUAUUCCAACUAUCUAAGGAUGAAAGUAUUUCGCCUUGCGAUGACUUCUAUGGCUAUGCCUGUGGAAAUUGGAAACCUCAGAUGGAAAAAGACGCACAAGGGUCUCUGUCUCAACUGGAUUUGGCCUACAAUCAUAAAAUGGGCGAAAUUUUAAAUUCAGUUAAUGGCAGCAACAUAGGGGUGAAUACACUGGCCCAUAAAAUUCAACAAUAUUACAAAUCCUGUCUUGCCAUAGAGGCUCCAGAGAUUGUGGAGUACUUGAAGUGGUUAGAGCUGAACGAACGCCACAUCCAUUGGCCCAUUAGUACCAACAUUUCAAGACAUCAAGCACCUCUUCGCCACGACUGGAUACAAAUGCUGGCAACUCUAAGGAAAUAUGGUCUCAAUGAUGUCAUACUCAAUGAAAAGGCCGUGCCCAAAGAACGUAAUCGCCUUGUGUUGAACAUACAGUUGGGUCGUCCCCAAAUGGAGGAAAACCAAAUGCACCAACUGCAUUAUGAAGUGGUUCAGAGUAUCUUGAAAUUCUUUAUGCCACAAAGCGAAUACAAAAACUUAUGGCGCGAUAUCCAAGACUUGGAUUAUCAACUGAUGGAGUUGGCAAGUAGACAUGAGGACGACGAUGAAAUCAUGUUCACCUCCGUGAGCAGUUUGAAUGAGGUGCCUUGGCUGCAACGCUAUUUGAGUGUUCUGCUAGACACCAACAACUUGAAUCCCUCCAUGGAGCUGGUCAUCACAAAUACGGCUUAUCUCAGGAAGGUGAUGCAAUUCCUGCAGCGAUACAAUGAGCGAUUCAUAUGUGAAUACUUGCAGGUGAAAAUUCUUAGCUAUUUGCACUACAAGGAACUGCUGUCUAAGCCCAGAAAUUGUGUGACCAACACUCGACUGCUAUUGCCUUUGGCCACGCAAAGUCUAUACGAUGUGGCUAAUCCAAACUUGUCUAAAAUACCAUACGAGGUGAACAACAUAUUUGAAAAACUAAAGACGAAGCUGCAGGAGGUGCUAAAAAGGAACAUCUACGACCUAGAGACAAAUGUAAUCAAAUUCCUGACCAACAAAGUGCGCUCUUUGCGAUUGUCUUGGGGAUAUCCCAAAGUAAACGAUGCAGAGAAAUUCUACGAAAAUUUAUCCCUGGCUCCCAACGACUAUUACGGCAAUCGCUUGAAAACUUUUCACCAUCACUUCCAAUUCGUUCAUAGUAGUUUGAAUAAACGACUGCAGCUGGAAUCCCUGGAAUUUUUUCCCUUGGAGCUGGAAGAAACAGCCAAAGGCCUGUUGCCCUACAUACUGCCCAUGAGGAGAAGAAUCUAUGUGUCUUAUGCUAUGUUUCAACCUCCUUUCUAUCGGCUUGGAGAAUCGCCAAUUUAUACCUAUGGCGCUGUGGGCUUCCUUUUGGCCCGCCAAAUGAUUUGGGAACUCACUAACAUAGCUGACAUCGUGGUGAGUGCCUAUGGUCAGGUAUUUCCCCAUAUCAUGGAUAUGCUUUUGGACAACAACAAAUUUACCAUGGACUACGCUCACAUAGCCAGCCACCAUGCGGAUGUGGCGCAAGAGAUGGAUUCUGCCAUUAUUGGCCUUAAGUUAGCUUAUCAAACCUUUUUGGAGCAUACGCCGGAUGGUGACCAAUCGUUUUUCCUUAAUUUUGCCCAAAUACAUUGCCAAAUUCGGAAUGCUUCAAGUGCAACGCAGCAUAGGCCCUCAGAUGAUAGUUUGAAUCGUAAACUUGUCAAUUUAGCGGUCACUCAUAUCAAAGACUUUUCGAGUGUAUUCGGUUGUAAGCAUCACCAACAUCAUGGAGUACUCUAUUGGGGCGCGGGUGAUGAAGCCAAUGAUAACUUCUUACAAUAGUGCAAAGCAUUUUAUUUAUAGGCUUAAUUCUUUUACCGAGAACUGACAAUAAAAAUCUUAUGAACUUAUUAUUCUUACAUUUAA